AUGACUUUUGCUUUCAACCAAAAUGUCUCAGCUCAACAGCUGGCCGACCUCCUCCCGAACGGCGUGGCCAUUCUAAACGACCAAUAUGAACUGAUCUCCAUGAACCGCCGAUUUCGAGAACUUAUACCAUGUCAUACUUCCAAGUUUCCCGAUUGCUGGUUGAACUCGGUCCACAAAGAUGACUAUGACCGAGUAGCCACCGGGUACCGCGAGACCGCAAGUUUCAAACAAUCACUGCGAAUAGAAUACCAAACCCGUGACCCGGACUCGAUAUGGUGUGUGAUGACUUUGGAUAAGUUAGAGGACAAGAAUGUAAACUUCUUCGGACUCAAGGAUGGUGGGUUGCAUAUAUGCACCAUCUCGGAUAUCACCCCAGAGAAAAAGGCAGAACUUGUACAAAUGCGGGCUGCCCAGGAGGCACGGGAGCGCAUUAAGCACCAAGAACGAUUUAUUGAUAUGAUCAGUCACGAAAUUCGGAACCCUCUCUCUGCGAUCUUACAUUGUACCGAAGAUAUCCAGGAGGCAAUUUGCAAUAAAAAGCCUGAAGAGAUCUCGAUUAUAGACAUCAGCGAGGCAGCUGAGACAAUCAGCCUUUGCAUCAACCACCAAAAGAAAAUCGUCAACGAUGUCCUUACCUUCUCGAAACUUGACGCAUCGAUGCUGUCCCUAUCACCACGAAAGUUCCAGCCCAAACGGCAUCUUACGACGCCACUUACCAUAUUUCGACCUGAACUUCGAAAGUUGAAGAUACAAUUUGAAUACAAAGUGGAUGUAUCCUAUAGUUCAUACGGGAUUGAUUGGGUCAUGGCAGAUCUAGAUCGAAUGAGCCAAGUCCUCAUCAAUAUUCUCUCAAACGCUAUCAAGUUUACCGCUAAAUCGGAGACCGAGCGAUUCAUUCGAGUCUCAAUGGGUGCCGCGAUAGAUCGGCCAACCUCUUACCCACCAAAUAUCGUGUUCUUCGAUUCAGGAGAAUCAGCGCUUGACAAAGAUGCAACUAACGCUCCCGAAUGGGGAGAUGGCGAUAUUGCAUACAUUAUGGUCGCUGUCAAGGACUCUGGGAUCGGGAUCACCGAUCAGGCCCAACAACGACUUUUCGAGCGCUUCAACCAGGCAACCUCUAAAACAGAAAGCUUAUAUGGCGGCUCUGGACUUGGCCUAAAUGUGUGCAGGAGCCUGUGCCAUCUUCAUGGAGGCGAAAUUGGCGUGAGCUCCAAGGAAAGCCAGGGAAGCACUUUUGGUUUCUUCUUUAAAGUCCGCCGAUCAAAUGAUGCGAGUCAAGAAGGGCGGGGUGACCUGCAUGUUUCCGGAGUUGAUCAACUUACUUAUGAUAUUCAAGCCCUUGGAAAUGAAAUCCGUGGAGUCAACGACGUGACAGAGGAACCGAAGAUCUCGGAAAACCCACCCGAGGGUAACUUUUCGGAAAUAGAGCCAGAUGCCCCAAAGGAUGCAAAAACGAUGCGCACUAGCAACAUAGCACGUGAAGUGUCGGACGAUCAAAUCAAGCGUUCCAACAAAGACUUACCUCGGCACCCCAACAAGAAGCAGACUGGAAGUGGUCAGCGUGUUCUGGUGGUUGAGGACAAUUCCAUCAAUCGACGAAUAAUUUCCCGCAAAUUGGAUGCGCUUGGAUUCGAUAUUUCACAAGUCAGCAAUGGCCAAGAAGCCGUCGAUGCCAACCAUGAAAGUUCAUUUGACUGCAUUCUCAUGGACCAACAAAUGCCUGUAAUGGAUGGAAACAGCGCAACAAGAGAAAUUCGCAGCGCUGAGAAAGAGACCGGUGCCCAUGUUCCCAUUCUGGGAGUGACUGCAGAUGUCAUGGAUGCUCAACAAGAUGAAAUGAUCAGUGCUGGAAUGGAUGAUAUCAUCCACAAGCCUUACGGGACCCAGCAGCUUGUUGACAAGAUCAUUCAUAUGAUUCCAAAGGCCGAGUCAUGA